AUGUCAGAAACUGAAGUAAUCGAGAGCCUUCCUUCGGACCUGCAAGGAAAAGUACGGAAUUGGUUGAAGUAUGACAAAGUCGAAGAGACACGUAAUGAGAUACUUCAACUCUGUUUGAAGGGCGACAUCACGGAGUUGCAUAAAAGAUUGGAUACUAUGAUUGCAUUUGGAACCGCUGGUCUUAGAGGUCGCAUGGAGGCGGGCUUCAAUAGGAUGAACGCCUUAACUGUGAAACAAGCAUCACAAGGGUUGGCUAAAUAUAUUAAGAAGCAGUUCCCGGAGAAUUUAACCGUUGUAGUUGGGCACGAUCACAGACACAACUCUAGACUGUUUGGCAAGGUUACAGUAGAUACUUUUCUACAAUUGGGAUUCAAAGUGUUCCAUUUGAACCAUGAGAAUGAGAAGUCUUUAGUCCAUACUCCAUUGGUUCCAUUCACCGUCAAUGCAACCGGUGCAUCCGUUGGAAUCAUGAUUACUGCGAGUCAUAAUCCGAAAAUGGAUAACGGAUACAAAGUGUACUAUACGAAUGGAUGUCAGAUCAUACCUCCACAUGACAAGCUUAUUGCCGAAUCCAUCAUUCAUAACUUAGAACCAUUUAGUUCACCUCAAACUGGUACCAUCAUCGAUUGCAAGGAAAAAAUGACCAAGAAAUAUAUCGAUGCGAUUGGUUCUACAUUGAUUGAUGGUGCUGUUAAUAAGAAAACCAACGAACCGUGGUUCGUUUAUACUCCGAUGCAUGGAGUAGGUUUUGAGAUUUUUGAAAGUAUCAGUAAACAACUUUUAUCCCUUGAAGAAGGUAAAGAUUACUUAGUAGUAGAAGAGCAGAAGUAUCCAGAUGCUGAUUUCCCCACGGUGUCUUUCCCUAACCCAGAAGAAAAAGGUGCUUUGGAUCUAGCCGUUGAAUAUGGAAGGAAGAACGAUACUGUCGACCUAAUUAUAGCCAAUGAUCCAGAUGCCGAUAGGUUUAGUGUCGCAGUAAGGGACAACGAUCAAAAUACAACUACAGCUUGGAGACAAUUGACCGGAAACGAGAUUGGAUUCUUGUUUGCAUACUAUGAAUGGGAAAGGUACAAGCAUAGUCCUAUCGACGAACCGCUUGCGAUGUUGAACUCAACUGUUUCUUCACAGAUGAUCAAGCGUAUGGCUGAAAUAGAAGGGUUCCAUUACGAGGAUACGCUAACUGGGUUCAAAUGGCUUGGAAAUCGCGCACUUGAGCUAGAACAAGAGGGAUACUAUACGCCAUUCGCAUACGAGGAAGCUAUAGGGUACAUGUUUUCAUCUGUGGUUCACGACAAAGACGGAAUCAGCGCUGCCAUCGUCUUUCUUCAAGCCUAUUCGAAGUGGCGUGCGAGUGGUCAGACUGUGCUGGAUAUUUUGGCCACAGCAUCACUUAAGUACGGCCACUUUAAAGAGUUUAACGGGUAUUAUAUCGUCCCCGAUCUCGCUAUAACGAAGCAGGUAUUCGAUGCCAUCAGAUCUAUCGAGUCCCCAUACCCUAAGAAACUCGGGUCCUCAUUCGAAAUCAUCAAAUUCAGAGACUUAACCAAUGGGUAUCAAUCUGACACUCCCGAUCACAUCCCUGAACUAGCAUCAGACCCGUCUUCACAGAUGAUCACCUGCGAAAUGCUAUUAGUCGAGCAGCCAACGAGUAGAGUCAGAUUCACAAUUAGAGGUUCAGGAACUGAACCGAAAUUGAAAGUAUACAUUGAAGCACGUACAAAUACAGAACCGAAUUCGAUAGCCUUAGCGAAGUUCACAUGGGAUGUGCUAAGACAAGAAUGGUUUAAACCAGAACUCACUGGACUCCUCACACCAUUCCAAUGA